AUGGGAUACGAUGAUUUUCUUUUCGAUAUUGUUUAUACUUAUGUCAAUGGCAGUAAUGAACAGUAUAUUCGAGAGAAAGUCUAUUGGUUUUCCAUUCACCAACCACUUUUAGGCAGUAAUCGUCUCAAAGAACAUCACAGUAUUUCAUCGAGUUUAUCAAAAGACAACAAUGAAUUAUGUUUUUCAUUAAGAAGUAUUGAAAAAUAUAUGCCAUCGUUUCAUGGACACAUUUAUGUUGUAACUGACCAAAUACCUAAUUGGUUGAAUAUUUCAAAAUCACAAUCACAACUUCGCGUGAUCUCAACUAAAGAAAUUAUGGACCAUAUAUACCUUCCAACAUUUAAUUCUCAUGCUAUCGAAGCUAAUAUUCACAAAAUACCACAUUUGAAAGAGUUUUAUCUUUAUUUUAACGAUGAUUAUAUACUUGGACGGCCAGUUUUGAUAGAAGAUUUUUUCAUCAAUGGAAGAUGUCCGGUUAUUUACGGUGACGAUCGUUUCACAUCAAAUACUAAUGUUACAUUAAACAUUCAUAAGAAAGCAAUGCUGAAUACAAAUUUUCUACUCGACAAUCUAUCAUCUAGUACAAAUGCAAAUGAAAGUGAUCGGCACUUUCUUCCGCAUGCUCCACAUCCAAUCAGAAAAUCGAUUGCCGAAGAAGUUUGGUUCUCGAAAUUCACCGAUAUUCAUCGUGAGCAAUCAUCACAUCGAUUUCGCGACAUGAAUGAUGUUCAUCCAACCUAUUUCAUUACUCGGUAUUUAAUUGAACAAUCGAAUGUGUGUGUCGAACAACGUCGAAUGAAAAGUGCUUGUCCCUCUGAUGGAGAUUUUUGUAAUCAAGUACUUACAAAUAAUUUUAAAAAAGUGAAGGAAUUUUUUAAUGAACUUCGUCGGCGAUCACAAAUGCCAAAAUUCUUAAGUAUUAACGAUCGUACAAGUUCAAAUCAUACGAAUCAGGCAUUAAUUCAUGAGAAAUUUCAACGCUUUUUAAAAGAAAUGUUUCCACAAAAAAGUAAAUUCGAAUCGAGAGAUUGUACAAUGUGA